AUGGAUUUCAAGCCCGCGAGUCAUUUUUACACCCUUACGAGUAGAAUAGGGGUUGGUGUCUUUUAUCUCCUCAUUCAAAACUCUUCCUCUUCACUGGAAACCACCACUACACUCAUUGAUGCUACCACUUGCUGCCAUAUUUCCUAUCCCGAAGUCAUAACCCGUCCCAAAACCCUAACCGCCUCUCUACACCAUGAAAUCGGACUCUCUAUCGGUGACUUCGCCUUUAUUCUCUCCCCAAACUCAGUUCAAAUCUCGAUUCUCUACCUCUCUCUGUUGUCUCUCGAUGUGACCGUUUCUGCUUCCAAUCCAACUAGCUCGAAAUCCGAAGUUUCUCACCAAAUCGAGCUUUCCAAACCGGUUAUUGCCUUCGCUACCUCCGGCAUCGCUCACAACCUCCCCUCACUUCUCCACCGUACAAUUAUUCUCAAUUCGCUAGAGUUCGAGUCCAUGAUAACGAAUUCCAAUACAAUGGUGAUUCUCUACUUCUCAAGAACUACCAGCAAAUCCAAAGGCGUGGAAUUAAGUUACCGAAACUUCAUAUCAUCGUUGGCCAGAGCAUAAGAUUCUCGUCCGGUGAGAUCUUCGUUGAUGACUAGUUUAUGUGCAGUUCCGUACUUCCACGUAUACAAAUUUCUGUUGUGUUUGAGAGCGGUGGUGAUGGGGUCUUUAAUAGAGGAAUAUGGUCUUCAAUGUGUGUUUGCAAUCGUAGCAGUGUGGGUCUACAAUUUUUAACAAGUCUGAAACCAUAGUAAUGGGUCUACUCAACAAAUGUGUGGGAUGAAGGUUGGGGUGGUGUGUGUACAAUGGCAUGACUGAAGGAUAUAAUUGAAUAUUUAGUGUGUGGAUUGAGAAAAAUAAUUAAUAAUUAAAUUAACAAGUGUGUGUACUGGGAAAUGACGUUCACUGAG